CAUGAUAUGCAGCCAGAUCAAUAUCAUAUAGACACAAACUCCAUGCAGUCUAAGGAGUUCAGCUUUUUUACUUCGUUUUGUUUCAUCUUAACUGCUGGGAGAUGAGAACUGUAGCCUCCUGUGAUGGAUUUCUUUCUCCCUUUCUAUCCCUACCCUUUCCAGAAAUGACAACUCUUCCCAAGUGAGUACGAGCACUAUGUGUGUUCAGCCACUGCAUUGCUGAGUCAUAGUCCACAACAUUUAGAGUCGCAUCAAGAGUGAGAGGAAGUCCUUAGAACUGGGAAUGAACAACUUUUAAUGUAGAAGAAUGUUCUGUUUUAGCUUCAUCUGAGACACUAUGAACUCCAGCAAAGCUUUAUAUGAAGCGAGAUUUAAACAAGCCAAAGAACAAGAGGAAACAAAGACGGGCACAAAUGUUUCAUGUAGCUUUCCCCCGUUUCUGUUAAGAAUGUUCUGACGAAAUUUUCUGCCACUGUUGUGUUUAUCGUGGAUUGACAAAUUCACAUGACCUGCCAGGAAAGGCGUCCCCAUGUUGAAGAAUGAUUUCCUUCCCCUUUGAAACACUGACAAACACUUUGCAGAGAUGGAUUCUGUAGGGGGAAAUGGGUAUGCUCAGAAAGUCUCUGGAGUUUGAGGACGACCCGAACAACUCACCUAACUUUUUCGCAUUGCUAUCGAUCACUUUUUCUAUGCAAUGUUUGCAUGACAUGGAUUUUUGAAUUGCUCAAAUGUACUUUUCCCCCUGAACUGUGGGUUUUGUGUCUAGUUCCACAUUUUUAAAAUAGCCCUGCUAUUGGUUACUUUCAUCUACAUGUUAUUUUCUUGCAUGACCACCCUAUCGAAAGCUGGAGAAUUCUUCUAGGAAAACAGCAACAAGAAGAUUUGAAGACUCCUUUCCUUAACUACUCUUUUAAAAGAAGGAAGAGCCCCGUGGCACAGAGUGGUUCGAUCCCGGCGGAAGCUGGGUUUAGGUAACCAGCUCAAGGUUCACUCAGCCUUCCAUCCUUCUGAGAACAGCUGUCUGAUGGGCUGUCACAGCGCCAACUAAUCACAGUGUGAGAUGUCUUCCUGUUGGAAAAAAUCAAACGUGGUGGCUGGUGUUUCCAUUGCCAUAUUUGUGUCAAUAAUGAGCCUCUCCUACCUCCAGAGGAAAAAACUCACUUCCUUAUGGGUGUAUGAAAUUAACACCUCUUCUAUAGUAAUACCUACUACUAAAUGGUGCCGGGGGAUUCCUUCCAAUAACACCAUCACUCCCUUAAAAGAUCACAGAACUUUCAUCAUCGCUCCAUACUUUGACAACAGAAAGAACAAAGUGACACGAGUGAUUGCAAUAGUCCACCACAAUGAUGUCAAGGAACUAUAUUGCUGGUUCUGCCACCCAUCCAAUGACGAAAUACACAUUUCCAAGGCUGAAAUAGAUGUCCAUCCUGAUAGAUUUGACUUCCCGUAUGGUGCCACGGACUUGCACUGCCCAGAACCGGAAGACUGGGAACCACGCUAUGUGUCAAUACACUGGUCUCCUGAUGGGAAUAUUGAUCAUCUACCACUUUUUGAAAUAAAAAACCGUGAACCUGAAGGUUCUCCAGUGGACUUCACGGUCUGCAUCUCCACCAUGUUUGGAGAGUACAACAACAUCCUGCAGUUUGUGCAGACCGUGGAGAUGUAUCGAAUCCUCGGGGUGGGCAGAGUGGUGAUCUACAAGAACAGCUGCAGCCCACUGAUGGAAAAAGUGCUGGAUUUUUAUAUUGCAGAAGGAGUUGUUGAGAUCAUCCCCUGGCCCAUUGAUUCAUACCUCAAGGUCUCUUCUCGUUGGCAUCAUUCAAUGGAUCCCAAGGACAUUGGUUACUAUGGACAAAUCACAGCCUUGAAUGACUGUGUCUAUCGCAACAUGUACAAGAGCAAAUAUGUGCUGCUAAAUGAUGUGGAUGAAAUUAUUCUACCAAUAAAAUAUGCAAAUUGGAAAACAAUGAUGCAGAACCUUCAGGAGCAACAUCCUGGCGCUGCCGUUUUCCUCUUUGAAAAUCACAUAUUUCCUAAAACUGUAUUUACACCCACUGAUAUGUUCAACAUCUCCUCUUGGAGUGCAGUGCCUGGAGUUAAUAUACUGAGUCACGUCAUUCGGGAACCUGAUAGGAAAAAUUUCUUCAAUGCUCGGAAAAUGAUUGUUGACCCAAAGAAAGUGGUCCAGACAUCCGUACACUCCAUUCUCCAUGCAUAUGGGGACAACAUUUAUGUCCCAAUGGAUGUUGCCCUUGUGUAUCAUUGCCGGGUUCCCCUACAAGCAAAUCUGCCUAGAGAAUCACUCAUUAAGGACACAACACUCUGGAGAUACAACGUUUCACUAAUUGGGAAUGUCAGCAAAGUUCUUCAGCAUAUAGCUUUGUAAACAAGAAUGGAAAGCUGAGGGAAACUCAAGUACUACAGAAGGACAAGCAAUGCUGAAAUGACUUAUAAAAACUAACUAUGCCUUUAAAAAACAAAUUAGGCAGCACAAGUAUAACAUAUUGAGUAAUGCCUCAGAGAGUGUGCCACAAAGUAGUUGGGUUUGCAGGUUAGAGGUUAAAAAAAAAGGUCAAGUUCAGUUUGGACUUGUUGAUGUCACUAUUGUAUAGACAACAAGCAAAGGUAUUUAUUUAUUUAUUUCCACAUUUUAAAUUGUCUGAUCGAUCGUAAUAUUUUCACACAGGGACCUGGGAGUUAACCAAUUUAACUUAUAGCCGGAUCAAAAAUAUUUGAGGGCUUCCAUGAAGUUGGCUUUAACCUCUUCAGUUUUCUGGCUACAUACAGUAACACUUAGAAGAAAGGAAAGCCACUUUGGGAGAGAAAUUUGGAGAAGGUAAGCAGCAACAAAAGAGGCACGGUGGACCUGCCAAUUCCUGCCUGCUGCUGCUUGGUUCAAUUGUAAGUUGUAAGUUGGCCUCCUGGCCAACUGGCCAGGAAGGGGGGGGGGAAGCCCUGUCCCUUUAAGACUGAAUUAAUAAGCAGGAAUGAGCAGCUGAAGUUUUUCAUGGCAGGGAGCUGAAUAGCAUCACUUGCUAAUUGCUUGUAGAUCAAACUGAUAUUAAAGGGGCAGCUAGAGGGCUCAGUUUGCCCUCCUCAGCUGGUUUCCUUCCAUGGGAUUCCAGAUGCGUUCUACGUGGAACAUGCAAGUAGACAUAUGGUGCCGUCCUUAGCAGAGUGACAUGGAAGGUUGUAGUUUUGCUUAGGAUUUCACUGAGAAGACAGCUGGGAAAGGAGCCAUGUGGGGUUGUGAAGCAUUAGGAAAGGAAGGGGUUAAGCCCUCAUCUGCAAGCGGCUUCUGUACUCCACAUUCCCUCCCCUCCUGAAAGCACUUUUCUUUAAAAGUAACCAAAAAGGCUGUUAACAAUGGGUGAAGCGCAGUUUGCUUCUCACCCAUUACAGAACUGAUUGCACUCAGAAGGCUGAAGUGAUGAGCACAUACCAUCAAUCUCACUAGAAUGCAACCAUCCUUCUGUUCAUCCCUUCCCUUGGUGACCCCCAUUGUGAUGCCCCUGGAAACUAUGGUGCCUAUGGAUGUUUUGUGGCACUCACUUCCCUCUCCAAAAAAAUCUUUUCUCCUGAAGAGCCAGUCCUGCUUUUCCAUUAGACUAGGAGGAGCUUUAGAAGAGCCCCCAUCUUUGUGUUUGCAGCCAUUCAGAAACAGCUGUCUCCAUCAAAGGGAGAUACUUGGGUUAGGACCUCCCAACAUUUUGUAACUGGCCUUUGUGCCCAUGACAGUCAUUUUGUGAAGACACCCAUUCAGUGUCCUCAAAAUUCCAGAAGUGCACACAGGCGCAACAGGGAAUCCCUGACUUAAAUGCUCCUGAACUGAACUGAGUGGUCAGUUCCGAACAUUACUCCUUUAAGACUCCCUGCUUAGGCACAAGAGACAGGAUAGAAGGUGGCCACAUCUCAAUGACAGAGCCCAUAGUUUGUAAGCAGAAACUCCCAAAUUCAAUCCCUGGCCCCUCAGGUUAAAAGGAUGUCAAAUUAAAAGGAACAGUGGCGUGAUGAGAUUGUUUUAAAUUCUGUACUCCACAGUGCUCCCGCUUUAGAUUUUUUUUUGCCAUCAAGUCACAGCUGACUUAUGGUGAUCCCAGAGGGUUUGCAAGGCAAGAGAAGUUCAGAGAUGGUCAGCCAUUGCCUGCUUUGGCAUAGCAACUCUGGAAUUUCUCAGUGGUUUUCCAUCCAAGUACUAACCAGGGUUGAUCCUGUUUAGCGUCUAAGAACUGAUGAGAUCAGGCUACCCUGGACUACCCAGGUCCUGGUCCACUUUAGAUAGUAAUGUACAUUACAGAUGCAAAGCUACAGCUUACUUUUGGAGGCCCUAGCUGAGCCCUGACCUGGGGCUCAGGAUUGCCCCCUCCCAAAGUCUGGUCAUGACAGCAUCAAUGAACAAUAAAAAUCAAUACCCUAGAGAGACACUGCCAGUCAUUACACUUG